AUGUCUUUAACAUUAUUAUUUCUAUGUCGUCGAUCAAUAUAUUUAUCAAAUCUUUCAUCAAUACAAUCAUCCCUUUUACGUCCACUUAAUGUUUCUCAAACAAUAUUUCUAGCUAAAUCAUCAACAUUAAAAUCAAAAUAUAGUUCAUUAAAACCUUCAUCAUCAACUAUUCAAAAUCCAUUUCAUGAACCAAAUGAUGAAAAAACUCGUCGUCUUAAAUUACAAGAACAUAUUCGUUUUCGAGAAAAAUUUCAAUUAGAACAAGAUUAUGAAUUAAUAUAUACAAUGCCUAGACAACGAAUGUAUAGUUUAAUGCAUUUAUUAUGUACAUGUGGUUGUAUAGGAAUGUUAACAUUUAUUAUAAUUCAUUUUCAUCGUGAAAUGCUUGAUAUUGAACCAUUAAUUAAUGAUACUAAUCAAAAUAUACCACCAUGGAUUCUUUAUUCUACUGCAGCAAUGAUUAGUUCAGCUUUUGGAAUAGUAUUAAUUCUUUUUUCUCGAAUGCCAGUUCGAUUGUAUUAUUCACCUGUACGUCAUUCAUAUGCAUUAUUUUAUCAUCCAGUUAUAGGUGUAUUACGUAAAAAGAAAAUUUUAUUUCGAGAUAAUCAAUAUAAAAUAAUUCCACAAAAGUUAGAUAGUAUUGAAACACCACAACGAUCAAUUAAAAUUCGUAUGGAUUUUGGUAAAAGUUUAUUUCAAAUGAAAAAAAGUUUUUAUUUAAUUGAAACUUUAUUUCGUUCGAAACGUGAUAUUCAGAAACUUAAAAUGAAAGAUGAUGAAACAAUAAAUAAUGUGAACAAUAAAGAACAAUAUUCAACACAAGAUGAAACUGAUAUUUGGGAAACAGUGAUGGAAAAAAAAGAUCAAUAUGAUAAUAAACAAAAAUCAUCACAAAAAAGAACUUUUAUGUAA